AUGUCUCCUCUCAAGAGUUCGCUUCUUGCCCUCCUCUUCCUUGCUUCAUCUUCGUCCGCUUCCACUAUCAACUCUAAGCCUGAUCUUGCAUCUGAUCACAAUCAAGCGUACACCAUUCUGCCUGACAAUACUCAACAUUUCUCAGCCAUGUCUGUUGGAGCUUAUUCUCUUCCGGCGUUGCCGUACGCCUACAACGCUCUCGAGCCCAGCAUCUCUGCUCAGAUUAUGGAACUGCACCACAGCAAGCAUCACCAGGCAUACGUGACAAACCUCAACGCCGCCCUCAAGACCUACUCCGCCGCUACUUCAAGCAACGACAUCGCCGGUCAAAUCGCUCUCCAGCCCGCCAUCAAGUUCAACGGCGGUGGCCACAUCAACCACUCUCUCUUCUGGGAGAACCUCACCCCCUCAAGCUCACCUGAUUCCAAGCCCGAUAGCGCACCGACACUCAGUGCCGAGAUCUCUAAGACGUGGGGCAGCAUCGAGGCUUUCCAAGACGCCUUCAAGAAGACCCUUCUCGGUCUGCAGGGCAGUGGCUGGGGAUGGCUGGUCAAGGAUGCUCAGGGCCUGCGCAUCGUCACGACCAAGGACCAGGACCCUGUUGUGGGAGGAGAGGUGCCUGUUUUGGGUGUUGAUAUGUGGGAGCAUGCGUACUAUCUGCAGUACCUCAACGGCAAGGCAGCAUAUGUCGAUAACAUCUGGAAUGUCAUCAACUGGAAGACGGCCGAGGCUCGUUUCACUGGUACCCGGGAGGAUGCAUUCAAGGUUCUCCGAGCUUCCAUUUAA